AUUCCACCCGUCCAUUGCACACAUUGUCAACUAGUACGAGCCUCCGACUUGGGGUCAGACGACGACGACAACGACGAUCAAGGCGACUUGGACGACGACAAUAACAACGACGCCGGGCCACGGAUCACUCACUGGCAACAACAAGCCUGCCCUCCUAUUGUCAAUCAUCAACCCAACGCCCCCCGCCCCGCACGCACGCACGACGCACUUCCAUCAGUCAACUCACCCUCGUCAGUUCUGGACCGCCGCGACCCGGCUCUGCAGUGUUACAUCCCGUUUGAUCACGAGGCAUACACUCUUCCCCACGUUAUAAUAUCGAGCGUGGCCAGCACCACGCAUUAGCAUUUUCUCCAUCGUCGAGGCCGGAUCAAAUCGAAUCGCAUUUUGCACGCCGCACGCCGCCGCGACGACGCCGAACGCCACUCCGACGCCGCCGCAGCUGCACCCGCCGACGCCACCACAACCACCCCUUCCUCUUCUUCACCGCGCCGCCGCCGGAUGGACACGUCGACCAUCUCGUUCUCCGACGACCCCGUCCCCGACUCGCCGCGCACCCUCUCGUCGCACUCUGAGCACCCCGAGCCUGGACCGCUCGCGCACACGUUUAUCGGCUCGCCGCUGACCAAGCUCAAGGAGGGCGACCAGCCCGAUCCGCUGCCAAAGCUCCAUCUCCACGCCGAGACGAGCAAGAGCAGCAAGAGCGAGACGGAGCGUCCCUCCAAAUCCCGCCUGCCCAAGUUCUCCAGCCCCCGCAAGAGCUACUACAGCUAUCAGGUCCAGCUUGAACCAACAAUGGGCGUCAAGAUGAUGACCCUCGACGAGCCCGAGGGCCCGCCGGCCGUGUUGAUAAUCUUCAUCCCUAUUCUCGUCGUCAUCCUCACCGUUCUCCUCGGUGUCCUCAUCUUCCUUAUCGCCCUCCUGUGUCUCAAGCGCAAGAACGGCAUCAGGCUUACUGAGGACGGAGGCCCCCUCGACCUCAGCAAGGGAGAAGGAGUUAUCGGCGAGGGCGGUGUCGAGGGCGUCGAGGCGCGAUGGCUCGAGACUGCCGAUCCCGACGUGCGCGAGGCGUAUCGUCGUGCCAAGGACUGGCAGAUGCAGUACCCGCCUUCCUCGGUACCCACCGACAUCACCCUGUCUCAGUUCCUGUCUAUCCAGGAGAAGGGCGUCUCGGCGUGGGCGUUUGAGCCCGACUACGAGGAGAACCUCUCGCUUUACGUCCAGUCUCGCACCGAGAUCACCUUCCUCUCUGACGGACCCGGCAUGGCUCCCGCCGAGGGCGGUGGCAACUCGGUCAUGGCAAACCUCCCAUUGCCAAAGUUGAACGAGGUUUACUACUGGGAGGUCAAGAUGUACGACAAGCCCGCCACCACCGAAGUCGCCAUUGGUCUCGCGACCAAGCCGUACCCCUCCUUCCGACUUCCCGGCUGGAACCGCUUCUCGGUCGCCUACUUUGCGUCGGAUGGCUUCAAGUCACACAACUACCCGUUCACUGCCUCGUCUUACGGCGCCCCGCUGGCGGAAGGAGACGUGCUGGGCGUCGGGUACCGCCCCCGCACCGGCACCGUGUUCUUCACUCGCAACGGUCGCAAGCUCGAGGACUGCUACACCGGUUUGAACCGCCUCAACCUCUUCCCUACGGUUGGUGCCAACGGCCCCUGCACUCUCCACAUCAAUCUCGGCCAGGCUGGAUUCGUCUUCAUCGAAGCAAACGUCAAGAAGUGGGGCCUCGCGCCCAUGGUCGGCACCCUUGCGCCUCCACCCGCCUAUGGCAGUGAGCGCGGCAGCAUCCUCCUCGACGCUGGAUACGGUACCCCGGGUUCGAGCCAGCCCCUUGCAGGCCACGGUGGCAUCGGUGCCCUCCUUGAGGCUGCUCGUGCUCGCGCUGCCGCGCAGCUCGGCUCGACGCCGGGAUCGACCGCUCCCUUUGCUCGCCCCGUUCCUGUGGCUGGUCCCUCGGCGCCUUCCACUCCUCGCGCCUCUCAUCGCCGCCACCGCAAGCGCAACACGGCCACCUCGAUCCCAUCGGUCCCCAGCCCCCUCCGUGCUGGACGCGGUGCCGAUGCUGGUCCUUCGUCUUCGGCUAGCCGUUCAGCGGACGCCGAGGAAGACCCAGUCUCCUAUGUCUCACCAACCGACACGCCUCAGGUCACGACCAGGGUGCCCUCGGUCGACAUUGAGGACGAGGAGUCGGCAUCCGACGAGGAGUACACCGAGCCCAGCGCUGCGAGCAGCCUCCUCUCGCCAAAUCCCCCAACGCCGGGACACCUCGACAUUUCAUUGCACUCGCUCCGUGGCGGCAUCGGCGGCUACUUUAGCUCGCGCGGCGGUAGCCGCUCGAACCGGUCUGAUGGGUCUGGGGCCUCGAGCGGCACAAAUUCGGGCGACAGCGGCAGCACUGUCCGCCCGGGCGUGCAGCGUUCUCCAUCCCUAGGCCCGCCCGAGGACUCUCCUCCCCCACCUGGCUACGCGCCGCUCGACCCUCACGUUUACAGCCAAGGGCUGCCUGCCGAUCUUCCGGAAGAUCUCAUCAACCAGGCGAUCGCGGCGAUGAACGAUGGCGCCAGCGCGACAGCAGCGACCAUCACGCUCAACUCGCCGCCGUCGACGUCGGACCCAGCCGCCGCCGCCGCCGGAUCGUCCUCCGUGUCGCGCAUGCCGAGCCCGCUCCCAGUGCCCGUGCCGCUCGCGCGGGGGUCGUGGGGCGGCGUCGCCGUGUCCGCCUCGCUGCCUGCCUCGCCGGACGUGCACACGCCGACGCACGCGACGCACGCGCAGGCGUACGCGCACGCCAACACGCACUCGCCGUCGAGCGUCAAGAGCUCCCCCGGCCCUGGGGGGCUGCGCGCCCCCGCCCACUCGCUCCUCAUCCCCACCGACCGGCCGCUCGAGGAGCUGGAAGAAACGUGGCUCCCCCGUCUGGGGAAGGGCCGCCUCCGCGUCGCGGGCGAGAUGCGCCUCCCGGGCUAUGCGCUCUACGGUAUCCGCAGCUGGGACCUCUCGCGUACCCACUGGGCACUCACGAUCGCGACCUACACCGGCAAGGUGUCGGAACAAAUAUCAUGCUACGUCCUCACUCCGCCGCCAGAGUUCUCGGACGACAAGGCGAUGGCCGAGAUCGCAGCGGCUACCAAGGCGCUGACGGCGGAAAUGAAGGGGCUGGUACGACAGACCGAGUACGGAACGAUCAUCGUCUCCUCGCCCAUCGUUUACGGGCAGGAGGUCUCGCCCAUCCUCGUUGGCGACUUUCGCGAGGCCGCACCAUACCUCGUGCUCAAUACUGGCCUGAGACGGCUGGGCUGCGGCGGCCGCGCCGCGAUGGGCGUGGACAUGCCCGUCCCGCCGGUGCAGCGCAAGUUCUACGAGUCGUACCGCGUGCCGUUUAGCGGGGAUCCCUCGAUCGCUGCCGGCGGAGCUGGGCGCGGCGCGGGCUCGCCGCCAACAUCGCCGACGACGGCGUCCAUGAACCUCGGAAACGGGCACAGCCAUGGCAACGGGCAUGCGCACGCGAACGGGAACGGACACGGCAGCCACCACCACACGGCGUCGGCGCCUUCGCCGGCCACAACGCGCCCGCUGACCGUCUCGACGAAGGGCCACGCGCACGCCGGCAGCAUGAGCCCGCCCGGCAGCGCGCUGAGCCCUGGGACCAGCUCGCAGUCGGUGCUGUCGAGCCCCAUCUUCCUCAACGUCGUCGAGAUCGUCAAGUUGAUACAGGGCGCACUGGCGCUCUGGGGCCUGUAUGGCGCGGAUCACGAGGACGGGCCAGAGCUCGACGGGCUGUUCUGCGACGAGACGAAGGCGGCCAUCUUUGAGUGGCGCCGUGUCAUGGGCAUGGACGAGUCGGAGGCGUUGAAGCUCGAGAACGAGACAUCCGGCGGCUGUAUCGACCCCAAGACGCUCAGUACGCUGUUGAGUUCGGUGACGAGCGUCAGAUACCAGCUCGCCACCAUGGGCGUGGACAAGCUUCCCCGCGACCCGUUCAAGUCGACCCGGAGGUUCCUCAACGUGCUGCGGUCGACAUUGCAGCAGUACCACCAAAACGUCACGCCAUACCUCUCCGUGUCUUCGAUUCGCAAAAUAGGCUCGUGCUACGUCGACGCAAGAAAAACACACGCGACCGACGCCUUGAAGGUACACAAGUUUUUGCUUUCGGGCGUGGCGUCGGCCACAAGCACGCUGUCGGCCGGACUGAAGGGCGGCAAAGACGACGACUCGACGCCACUGAGAAAACGCGAACAGCACCUGCGCUUCCGCGGUGAAGGCGACGAGGAGUGCGGGCUGGGCCUCAUCGUGCCCGACAGCCAGGUUGGCCCCGCCGCCGCCCCCGACGUCAUCACUUCCGACCUCGACGCGUACACCAAAGGCAUCCUCAAGACGAGAGAAAAGGACUGGGACACGAUGGGUGCGCGGCGCAUUGCCGACAUAUGGAACGGGACGCUGGUGCAGGAAGGCGAGGGAGGUCGUCACUACAGUCGUCUACGCGCCUUUGCUCGCCGUGGACGAACUGUGCGAAGCGAGUCGGAAGAAGAAACAGCACCUGGCGCGAUCGGCGCAACGUUCAAGGGCAUGACCACGAGAACGGGCGCUGCGUUGAAAGGCGGCUUCGGAUUGGUAAAUCGGUUGCAACACGACAACACGUCAGACUCGGACGUCGGCGCCAGCAAGACAAAUAAACGCAACAACGUCCCCACAGUGGUCGAGCCCAGCCACGACGACUACGCAAUGUCGCGCUCUCCUAGCCCAUCUGUGCCGCUCGGCCUCCGCGACCGCUCUCACCUUGACCUGCCCAACUCGCCCUCGCCGGUGCAGUCUCGUCAUUCGGCUGCCACGACCAACGCGGGCAUUCGCCACUCGCCGAGCUUCCUGUCAGACCUGUCGGAGAAUGAUGCCUCCAAGGCGGGCUCCAGCAAGGCGGCUGCCGACGACGCAUCCCGCCGACGCCCGCCGUCGACGCUCGAACGUGCACGCUCGGCCAUUCCACUUUCACCCCUGGGCCGUGCAGGAUCGGCAGAAACGGGGCGGACGGGCCGCGUGCCUAACUGGGCGGCUAUCUCUCGCCCGUUCGCCAUGGAGCGCACGGCAAGUGAUGGUGCAGACGUGAUGCUCGACCCGAACGCAAACGAGUGGGACGUUACCAACCCCAGCGGCACCGGUCGACGCCAGUUCCUCGACGGUCAUAUCGAGGACGCGGGAGGCAUCGUGCUUCCCAACCGCAAGAAGCUUCUGCGGCGGUCGUCGCUCAAAGAGCCAAUGUCAGAGUACCGCAAUGUGCGGGUCAAGGCGGCCGAACACCUUAUGAUCGACGUCGAGAUGUGCGCGGUCGUGUGGGAGCUUCGCAAGCGCGAGCAAAAGCUCGCCCAGCGUGUCGAGGACAUGAAGGCGCUCGAGAAGAGUUCAUUCCUCGGCACGCAAACGUUCUUUGACGGACUCAAGAGCCGGCGCGAGCGGCUGGACGCGCUCGAGAACCAAGCUCGCACGUUGCGGAACGAGCUGUCGCGCGCGACCAACGAGGACAUUGACGAGGACCAGGACCUCGAGCGCGAGUCUGAGCGCAUCAUGUUCAAGCUGUCCGAGGACACCAACUCGAACGAGGUAGCGUGGGGCCUGCGCGAGCUCGAGAGGACGUACGAGCAGAUGAGCGAGGAGGCGAGGAAGUGGGAGGAGGAGAGGAAGGUGGAGGGGGUGGACGGGGCCGUGAAGAAGAAGUCGUGGUGGAAGCCAUGGUAGCGGCGUGGCAGGGCCAUGUCAGUAUAAUAGGCCAA